GUAUUAUGAUCUCUAGCUACUGAUAGAUUUACACCAACCAAAGCUUUCACUUGGGGUACUGUCUCUUAAUGGCAAAGAACAACACUUCGAUCUCUUCUUAAUUGCUCAACAUCAAAUCUAUAAUUCUAGCUCUCUAGCAUAUAUACACAUCUCAAUAUAAUCCUCUCAAGGGAGCUCCAUUUUCUCUUAUCUUUCACAUCUCAUUCAUACAAUGGAAUUUUAUGGCAAGAAAACUCUCUUUAGCUUCAUGGAUGAAGAGAGAAACCCAGUACAAUCACCUGCUCAUCUUACCAUCAAAACACACCAGGAUAUGUCAAACCAAGACCUCCAAUUUAGCCCUCCAAGGGCUUCUAGCCCUGGCCACUCCACUGUUGUCACACUAUUGCCACCGCCUAGUCCUGAAUCGCCAUGGACGCUCUCUCCUCUCCAAACUCCAUCUCCCUCUAUCCUCUACAGCUGCAUUGCCUCACUUCAUCGCCAUGAAGGAAACAUCUACUCCAUAUCAGUCUCAAAGGGCAUAGUCUUCACUGGCUCAGACAGUAAGCGUAUUCGCGCAUGGCGGCAGCCGGACUGCAUGCAGAGCGGUUGCAUCAAAACAAGUUCGGGUGAAAUCCGAGCCAUUUUAGCUCAUGGUAAUAUGCUUUUCACCUCACAUAGAGAUUGCAAAAUCCGAGUUUGGAGCUUCACAGUCCCAGACACAACUUUUAAGACAAAAAAGAUUUCAACCAUGCCCAAGAGAAGCUCAUUUCUUUCGUUAAGAACAAACAGUCAACAACACAAAGAAUGUGUAUCUUGCAUUGCUUAUUACCGUGCUGAGGGGCUUUUGUAUACUGGCUCAUAUGACAGAACUGUUAAAGUUUGGAGGGUUUUGGAUAGAAGAUGUGUUGACUCAUUUGUGGCGCAUGAAAGCAAUAUAAAUGCACUAGUGGUGAACCAAGAUGAUGGAUGUGUCUUCACUUGCUCCUCUGAUGGGUCGGUCAAAAUAUGGAGGAGAGUGUAUAGAGAAAACUCUCAUACACUUACAAUGACAUUGAAAUUCCAACAAUCACCAGUAAAUGCCUUAGCCUUAAGCUCAUCUUUCAGCGGUUGCUUUCUCUAUUCCGGUUCUUCUGAUGGUACCAUCAAUUUCUGGGAGAAAGAAAAGAUGUCUGGUAGGUUUAAUCAUGGUGGCUUCUUACAAGGCCAUCGAUUUGCCGUUCUCUGCUUAGUGGCUAUAGAGAAGCUGAUAUUUAGUGGCUCAGAGGAUACGACCAUCAGGGUGUGGAGAAGAGAAAAAGGAAGUUGCUUUCAUGAGUGUCUGGCUGUGUUAGAUGGGCAUAGAGGGCCUGUGAGAUGUUUGGCUGCUUGUUUAGAGGUGGAAAAAGUAGUGAUGGGUUAUUUGGUAUAUAGCGCAAGUUUGGAUCAAAUUUUUAAGGUAUGGAGAGUUAAAGUCAUGCCUGAAGAGAAAAGUUGCCUCGAUUAUUUCGAUCGCAAUGACUCAAAGACAAAGAUGGAGUAUGACAUGAGUCCUGUAUUGUCUCCAUCAUGGGUAGAAAGAAAGAUUACAAGUAAUUAUUUUCAGUAAACUAAUAAAUUAGCAGCCAUACUUCUUUUUGUUAUAUGUUGUAGAAGUUGCAAGUGCAAGUAAUAGCAAAAAUAAAUCCAAUGGAGUUUGUAAUCAGCCCUCAAACUCUGUGCUCAUACUUCUCUUCCUUGUUUUUGUUGUUGCGUGUGCCCUCUUUUUGAACCCUAUUUUUAUUUGAAC